AUGGACCUUGACGCUUUGAUGACUGAAGAGAAUGAUAGUCCGCCUCCACCUUUGAUAGUUCGAUGGUUUCACGCUAUCGACAAUCCGAUAAUCGAUCCGAUAGCUAUUCGAAAAGCGAAAAGAAGCAAAUCAUCUCAAACAUUAUCAUCAGCAGGAACAAAAAAAGCACCUUCGAAAAAUUGGGUACCUUUUUCUGUACGUGAUACGAAUCUGUUGGAGAAAACGUAUCAGCAAAAAUCGGAUCUCAUCGUAUCCGUACCCGUCAAUGAAGACUAUCUAUUCCAAGUGGAUGUCGCAAAACGGCACAUCAGUCCGAUUUAUUGGGAGGGGCCUGUUUAUGCCGUCAGACGAGCCACUUGGUUCAUACAGCAGGAUAGUUCCACCUUUGUGCCUUGCGAAGAAGCAUUGGCGAAUCAGAUUGAAAGGGGGUAUCUCAAUCUAAAACCUUACAGCAGAAAAGAGGCUCAGCCGAACAGUAACAGCAAUGCAAAUGAAACUGUCCGUGGAUCAAAAGAGAGCGAAGAACUCAAAAAACUGCAACAGCAGCAGCAGCAACAGACGGAGAGCUCAGCGGUAGAUGGGGAGGAACAGCAGCAACAAGUACUCCAAGAGGAUUUGAGUGGAAUUUAUCAGGGACAAUAUGUCAUUUACAAAACAGCGACAGAAGCACGCUUAUAUUAUGCCGACAUAAAGUCGAAUGCUGCCAUAGCCUUCUUUACCAAAUUUACAAGUAGCAGUAAAUCCGGUGUUAGGAUUGUUCGCGGGUAUGAUCAAGUGCUAAAAGAGACGAAGAAGCCCAAUAGCGGUGUUAAAAGGAUGGGUAGCCUAACAUCCACUGCAGCAGCGCCAUCUGCCAAAAAAGAAGAUACUGCAACAACGUCGCAGCAUAUGCGAGAAACAUCCGAGAAGAAGUAUCAUUUAGGCACAGACAAGAAGCUUUCUGCAGAAGAAGUCGACAAAGAACGCAUGGAACAUUUGAAAGAAGAUUACGAUAAUGAAGAAAGUGAGGAAGAGGUCAGGAAUAUAGAUCAACUUGUGUUUGUCAUUCAUGGUAUUGGACAGCAAAUGUCCGAAAGAGUGACUGGACAGAAUUUUGUUCACGAUGUCAAUAUAUUGAGGAAAACGCUCAAAUCAGCCUGGUUUACAACCCACUUGGCGACAGAGACAAAAGUGGCUGUCAACGGCAUUCAAGUCAUACCCAUUUUAUGGCGAAAGAGUAUUCUGUUUGGAGAGGCAGAAGAGGACAGUAAAGAUCCUAAUACAGAAUCAGAUAUCGGCGAGGUGCAACAUCAACAAGAUGAUGGUUGCCCUACGCUAGAAGAGAUCACUUUAGAGGGUGCACCUAAUAUCAGAACAUUAGUAUCCGAUGUUUUUCUAGACGUGCCACUGUAUCUAAUAGAAAAAUAUCAUGAUCUCAUGAUACAGAUAGUCACCAAAGAGAUCAAUCGCGUGUACAAGCUUUUCAUAGAGAAAAAUCCCCAAUUUACCAAAAACAAUGGUCAGGUACAUAUCCUAGCACAUUCUUUGGGAUCAUUACUAGCAUUCGAUAUACUUUGUGCGCAGCCCUUCACUUCUCAGCCGACAACGAAAGGCGGCAGACGACCCUCGACUACGGAUUUACACGACGGCCUAGAUUUCCCUGUCAAGAACUUUUUCGCUCUCGGUUCUCCGCUGGGCAUGAUGCUGUUACUCAGAAGCAACAAAAUCAUCUCACGUCAACAAUUAGAACAAUCACCACCUAGAACUACGAACAAAAAGCUAGGCUUUUUCAAAAGUAGUACUACUUCACCAUCCUCUCAUGAUUAUCAUAAAAAUAACAACAAGAACAGUCAUCACAACAACAUCUCCUUCGUCUACCCUGCUAUUGAUAAUAUGUACAAUAUUUUUCAUAAAUCCGAUCCUGUCGCUUAUCGACUGGAACCGUUGGUGGCUCGUCAUUAUGGGUCAAAACUCAAACCUGUGCCCAUUCCGUAUCUUAAAGGUGGACUAAAAAGUAUGCUAGAUGCAAGCUUUAAUGUUGCCGCCAAUAAAGCGGGCGCUAUGAUCGAUUCGUUCAAAUCAACAGGCAUGUUCGUGCGUAGCUUGGGAGGCUACUUUUCAUCAUCAACCUCCUCUUCCACUAUCACUUCCAGCACACCAUUGAAUGACAUUUCUGAUAGAGGCGGGAAACAAGAUGGAAAUCUUUUCAACUCAUCUACUGAAUCCUUAUCUACACAGACUUCUGAAGAUGAUGCCCACAAAUUGAAGCUUCUCAACUCGACGGGUAGAAUUGAUUACUGUUUGCAAGAAGGAUUGUUGGAAAAUGCGUAUAUUAGCGCUUUGAGUGUUCACAUGUCUUAUUGGCAGGAUAUGGAUGUUGCUGGUUUUUUGAUUCGAGAACUAUACAUGAGUAAAUAA